AUGAAUCAAUCACCUCAUCCCAAGGGCAGCGGCCGCCGACGCAACGGCCGCAACGGCACCCCUCACAAGACGUAUGCUUCCGAGAAUGACGCUGCCAGUUACCGUCACCAUCAGCAGCAGCACCUCUCCGACAGCCCCUUCACCCCGCAGAAGGGCGCAUCCAACGGCAACCCGCCGAAUCAGCCGCACCCUCAGUCCACCGCCCAGAAGCAGCGCCCGCGGAACUCGUCGUCCAAGAAACCCCGCAACAAGCAGGACCGUCACAGUCCUUCCGAGCACCCGCCAGCUCCGCUGGCAUUCGCCGGCGCCUCCUUCCACGCCUCGCCCGCCCCCGGCUCUCUGCCCAUGCCAAGCUUCCUCGCCAGGGCCACUUCGGCUCCCGACUCUCCCAGCCUGAAGUCUCCUCACGGCCCAAGCCAAGAGCCCUCCCCGCCAACUACUGAUUCUGAGGAGAAUGGCUCCCCCACGCCGCCUCUGGGUCCCGAGCCCAGCCGCGCCUUUGAAUCCCCCUUGGAGUUCUUCUUCAAGGCUGAUCGUGCCGAGAAGGCGCGAACACGACGGGCAAGCUCGGCCAACAUUGCUGCCGUCGCGCCAGGGCCCUUUUCCCCUCCCCACGAUUCGCAUUCCCCUCGGGAAUGCCGCACCUUGCCCAAGGCGAAUGGAUUCUCUCAGCAGCCCGCGCGCCCCGCGGUGCAACGAAAUCCAUCCUCAGGCAUCCCCUCGAGUGAACUUGAUGGAACUCCGGGCAGGCCCGUUGGUCAUGCCUUUUCCACCCCCUACUCCGAACGUAUCAAGGCCGCUCGUUCCAAGAAUGGCUCCGCCCUGGCCACACCCUCGGCACCGCAGAACGACGAUACUGACCGAAGUGAGGCUCUGAAGCGUUUUCUCGGCGUUGGCGCUGCUUCGCCCCAGCAGAUCCAGCAGCCGCGUGGGCAGCAGCACCAUGCUUUCAGCCCCGGCUACCCGCAGGCUAAGACGCCUCGCGGCGUAUUCCCUGCCUCUGUUCUGAACGGCUCGUCGAGCCCUCAGCAUGCCGGAGCUGCUCACUCUGCCCCGGUCGCGGCCAUGGGCAGCCCGGGUCAUUACGGCCAGGUUCAUGUUAUGCAGAGCGCCCAAGCCCAAUUUGAUCCAGAAGCCGAUAAUGUCCGUAAGAUGGAGGAUAGCUUGCGGAGGGUUUUGAAGUUGGGCCCGGCUUAG